CUUUUAUCGUGGUGACGUCGAACUUUCUUUAACUGCUUUUAUUUUUGCUGACAAUCGAGUCGGUGAGCCGUCGUGAGCGCACGCCGACGCUCCGGUCGCGCCCUCCCUCAGUUUGCCGAGCAGUGUAGAACUCGUCGCCACCGCGGCUGCCUCGCCAGCCACAAACAUCGUGCACCGCCGCCACAAACCAACCGUGAACAUUUUAAACCGUAAAAUCAUCUCAACAAGUUUCGUGUGUAAUAUUUUCUAAACAGUGAAUCAGUGAAGUAAAACUAAAACCAUUCAAUUCUGUACAUUCAAGUGAAAUGAAACUGAGCGAUGCGAUAAUGUUUCGUUGUUUUAAUUUUAUCCGAGGUGAAACACUGAUAAUUUAAACUUCGUUCCGCACACAGAGCGACAAUGUAUGCGACAUCGACCGCGUCUACGACGACGUCGGGUUCAGGUCGCGCGGUUGGCGCAGUGGCUGGCGAUCGGCGCGUGCGCGCUGUGCGGCUGGUGCGCCCGCGCAGAGCUGCCCCAGCCUUCGGAUUUGCGAUUAGAGGCGGCAAAGAACACGCAACCGGCUUCUUCAUAUCCAAAGUUGACUUUAACUCUGAAGCACAUGUUCAAGGAUUGAAGGUGGGAGAUCAGCUAGUGAGCGUGAAUGGCUUCCGAGUGGACGAUGCGGUGCACGGCGAGCUGGUGCACUACCUCGCUGCACAGUCACGACUCAAGAUCAAAGUUAGACAUGUGGGGAUGUUACCUGUCAAAGACAAGGCGCAUGAGCCAUUGUCAUGGCAGUUCGUGUCGGAGCGAGCGUCGUUGAGUUCCGACGUGUCAUCCUCACCGACCCUGUGUCACGACAACGAGAGACUGACGGACAUGAGGCUGUCGAUACUCGUGCCCCCCAGAGCUAAGCUUGGCUGCGGAAUCUGCAAAGGUCCGGAGUGGAAGCCGGGUAUUUUUGUGCAGUUCGUGCGGGAAGGCGGCAUCGCGCGGGAGGCGGGCCUCCGACCGGGCGAUCAGAUCUUAUCAUGUAACGCCCUGGAUUUCUCCAACGUUUCCUUCAACGAGGCAAUAUCAGCUAUGAAAGCGACGGGUCGCCUAGAGCUGGUUAUUCGAGAAGGUGCGGGUACAGACCUAGUAUCUCCAGAGAGCUCUGGUUACAACAGUUCUGCAUCAUCAGCUGCAGGAGAGCGUAGCCCUGCGCCUCUAGUACCGCACGUACCUUUAGCCCCGCCUGCAGCAUUGCGCAGGCGCCUCGCUAGCGUCGCUGAAGAGGCUGCCGACCGCGCUGAUAGAUUAACCAUGAAUAGACUAAAGAGAAGAACAUGGGACAGUCUAGAUUUUGAAUGGAAGAACGGUGACAUCCAUAACUUCGAUGCGGACGCCCCUUCGGACAUAGAACCUGACUAUGACAGUCCUAGCAUACCAAACAAUCCUCAUACGUACGAAAAUAAAAGUAAUCAACGAAGCAAAACCAAGAAAGAAUACAUAACUAGCCCAUCUAAUAGGACAAUAAUUAAUUUAACUGAAGACGGGGCUAUGAUACAGUGCAGUUACGAUAAUCAGUCGCCUAGAAAAAAUGCUUUUACGGCUAACCAUACGAAUCGAGACAACGAUAAAAAAACUAUAGUCGUGGAAGUGCACCACACAAGCACAACGACUUGUGGGAAAAACGCUUGUAACUACCCACCACCUUUGAAAAACGAUUGUAAUUUGGAUUCAGUAAGUUUGUCUAGUUCAGCUACGUUAUCAAGUGCCAUUGCGGAAGAGAUACAGCGACGUAAGAUGAAUAAAAAGAAAACCAAUUCAGAGUCAAACAUACCACCACCACCGCCAGCAAAAAAGCCACCUCCACCAAAGCCAACGGAUGAGAAGAAGAAACAGCAUGAUGCAUUAAUGGACGAAUUUAAAAAAGUGCACAGGAAAAUGUUUGCUAGCAUGGACAACGGUGAAAAAACCACAGACACACAAAGUCAUAACGAAGCAGAGCCAUUGGAUCGCCAACAGACAUUGCCUUUGAGGAAGGCAGAGCCCGCACCAGAGGUGACCAACAACAACCAUGUACCAUCAAAGAAGGAAGCUACAGACAAUCCUCCACCCCCACCACCUAUGCCGACUACUAAUGGUACGAAUGGUCAUCAAAACGGAAUGAAUGGUCAUCACAAUGGAACGAACGGAAACCACAAGGUCAUAGAGAACCAAAAAUCCAUUCCUAAAACGAUAACUUCUGAACUUCUAUCGAAUCCAAACUUUAGAAAAAAUGGCACCCUCACUAGAACUCCCACUCCAGAUUACAUUAAGAAAACAGAGCCUCCAGCACCACAAAUAAAAAGCAUGAAAGACGAAAAGGCUGAUAUGGAGUCACUAGAAUCUUAUAAGUUAAAGAAUCCUUCGAAUGUACUGCCUAAGCCACCGUCAAACUACUUUGUCAAAGCUCCGAAUGGGACAGCGACGAUGAAGAAGCACGCUCGUCCUGUGUCGGUAACCAUCGGCGAAUAUGCGUAUGGAGGUGCAACUAGACGGGAACCUACAAAACUCGACUUCUUAAAUGGAGUAGAUAAGACAGAUGGACUUCACAAUGGAGACGACGAAACCUCUAUAUCAAAUAGGCUACAAUCAGAACUGGCUAUGACGCUAUCUAGAUCGAAUUUACGUAAGAAGACUGAAGCGCUGGCCGAUGCCAGCCGAUGAGGAUUCAACCUAAUUUCUUUAAAAUAAAAUGUAUAACGAUUUUAAUUUUAGACGUCUAGUGAAAUAUAGAACAUUUGGUUAGAAUUUAUAAUAGUCGACCAAAGUUAGUUAAGUAAUUAAUUUAUGAAUUUAAGAUAUACAAUUCUAGUGUAGUGCCACGUCUGAAAUGUAAGGACUAUGUAACUACUAUUAAGUAUGUAUUAUUUUAUGAUAGAAAUAAGGAAAUUUUGUCGAUAUAUUAGAUAAAUAAAUAAUUCAUGUCUUUAGACCCGAAACCAUCUGUAAUAAUGGGUUAAAUCGAUUAAUGUAUAUCUGUGGAAUGCCUAAGUCAUAAUAAAUGCUGGUUUAAAAUCUA